AUGUGUGGUAUAUUCGCAUAUUCCAAUUAUUUAUUAGCAAAAGACAGAAAAGAAAUAAUUGAUACACUUAUCAGUGGCUUGGCUCGUCUGGAGUAUCGUGGGUAUGACUCAGCAGGGCUAGCAGUAGAUGCCGAUGAUCCUAACGAAGUCUUAGUGUAUAAGCAAGUUGGAAAAGUUGGUGCUUUAAAAAAAUUUGCUUCAGAGCAACAAGUUGAUUUUGAAAAACAAUUUGUAAAUCAUUGUGGUAUGGCUCAUACUCGUUGGGCUACUCACGGUGAACCCUCUACAACAAACUCUCAUCCUCACAGAUCUGAUGUAAAGGGUGAAUUCACCGUAGUUCAUAAUGGUAUCAUUACAAAUUACAAAGAACUUAAAUUAGUUCUUGAAAAAAAAGGUUACAAGUUUGAAUCUGAAACUGACACUGAAGCUGUUGCAAAACUCGCUAAAUAUUUAUAUGAUUCUCAAAAGGCUAAUCAAAAUUUAAGUUUUACUUCUCUUGUUAAAGUUGCAACACGUCGUGGGUCUCCUCUUUUGAUUGGUGUAAAAACGGAAAAAAAAUUAAAAGUUGAUUUUGUUGACGUUGAAUUUGGAACAGAUGACAAAGUUGUUGAUACCAAUUUAUUAACAGCUCCAACUGAUGGUCAUCCUAAACUCAGACGUAGUCAAUCACGUGCUUUUCUUAGUGAAGAUGGUUUCCCUCAACCAAUUGAAUAUUUUCUUGCAUCUGAUCCUUCUGCAAUUGUUGAGCAUACAAAAAGAGUUCUUUAUUUAGAAGAUGAUGAUAUAGGACAUAUGAGUGAAGGAGCUGUUCGUUCCAUUCAAACUUUGGAGAUUGAACUUGCAGAGAUUAUGAAAGGAUCCUUUGAUCAUUUUAUGCAAAAGGAAAUUUUUGAACAACCUGAAUCUGUAGUGAAUACUAUGCGUGGUCGUGUUAACUUUGAUAAGCAUGAGGUGACGCUUGGUGGUCUUAAAUCCUAUCUAGCAACUAUUAGACGUUGUAGACGUAUAGUUUUCUGUGCAUGUGGUACAAGUUAUCACUCUUGUGUGGCUACACGUGCAAUUUUUGAAGAAUUAACUGAAAUUCCUAUUUCUGUGGAAUUGGCCAGUGAUUUCUUGGAUAGGAAAACUCCAAUCUUUAGAGACGAUGUUUGUGUAUUUGUUUCACAGUCCGGUGAAACUGCUGACACAAUUCUUGCAUUAAGAUAUUGUCUUGAACGUGGAGCUUUAUGCUUAGGUAUUACAAACACUGUUGGCUCUACCAUUUCACGUGAAACACAUUGUGGUGUUCAUAUCAAUGCAGGUCCUGAAAUCGGUGUUGCUUCUACAAAAGCUUAUACAUCCCAAUAUAUUUCAUUGGUCAUGAUGGCCAUCCAAUUGAGUGAGGACAGAUCAUCAAUGACACAAAGACGCAAAGAUAUCAUUGAUGAUCUUAGCAAAUUACCACAACAUAUCAGAGAAGUACUUAACCUUGAUAAAGGGUUAGAACGACUUGCAAAAGAAGUUUUAUACAAGGAAAAAAGUCUUUUAAUCAUGGGUCGUGGUUAUCAACAUGCUACAUGUCUUGAAGGUGCCUUGAAGAUUAAAGAAGUUUCUUAUAUGCAUUCUGAAGGUAUUUUGGCCGGUGAAUUGAAACAUGGUCCUUUAGCACUUAUUGAUGAGAAUAUGCCAGUUAUUCUUAUCAUGACGAAAGAUUCAUUGUAUCCAAAAGUACAAAGUGCUCUUGAACAAGUAUCGGCUCGUAAAGGUCAACCAAUCAUUAUUUGUAAUAAUGGCGAUGAUGGAAUAUCAGAUCAAUACAAAACAAUCCGUGUUCCCAAAACCGUUGAUUGUCUACAAGGUCUUCUUACGAUCAUUCCUUUGCAAAUAUUGUCAUACCAUUUAGCUGUUAUGAAUGGUGUCGAUGUAGAUUUCCCAAGAAAUUUAGCUAAAUCUGUAACUGUCGAAUAA